UAUCCCCGGCGCGCGCCUGCCAGGACUCAACACAAAGUGGAUGCGGCGCCGACUCUUCGUCUACUUCGGACAUUCUAACGUCGAGCAAUCACCACAAGCCUAACCACUGUCUUCAUGAAGUGACCUGUCCGUGUUUUUAGCGUGGGUUGAAAGAUGAUUUCUCCGUGGGACCGGUGGUACUCGACGAGCUGCUGCCUUUGCUGCCACGUACGGACGGGCACCAUUAUUCUGGGGGUAUGGUACACGAUAAUCAACUCAGUGGUCCUGCUCAUCUUGUUGUCAGCUCUCUAUGACCCGGUUCAGUACCGCUACCACCUCACCAGCUCUGAGCUGGGCACGGACAUCGACGUCAUGGACGAUGCAAAUAUCUGCAUAGCGACAGCCAUAUCAUUGCUCAUGAUUCUUAUAUGUGGCAUGGCGACUUAUGGUGCUUACAUGCAACAUGCCGCUUGGAUCAUUCCAUUCUUCUGCUACCAAAUCUUCGACUUUGCCCUGAACACGCUGGUUGCUAUAAGCGUGGUGGUUUAUCCCAACACGGUGCAGGACUACAUCCAGCAGCUGCCAGGGACGUUCCCAUACAAAGAGGACAUCAUGUCCACUAACAACAUGUGCCUAGUCUUUGCAGUCCUCCUCUUCAUCGGCUGCAUUCUCUCCUUCAAGGCCUAUCUGAUUGGCUGCGUAUGGAACUGCUACAGAUAUGUGAGCGGCAGAGGCACCACAGAAGUUCUGGUUUAUGUCACCACGAAUGACACCACGGUUCUGCUGCCGCCUUACGAGGAAGUCGUUGCCAUCCCACCGAAGGAGCCCCCUCCUCAGUACAUGGAGGCGUGAGACGCCCAAAACGAUGGAUUAUUUGCACCAACGCUGGCUGCGGUGUGAAAAACAAGACAAUCUUUUAGAUGCUGGUUCCUGCCAACUUUAUUUUAGAUUAAUUCAACCCUGAAGCAGCAACUCAGGGUUGUUGUGAUGUACUGUCCCUCGUCUCUGUCCUCGUCCAAGGACAAAGGCCCCCGUCACCAUCAGCCCUCCCUCAGGGCUCUGCUGUUCGCCCUGAUAGCGCUGACCCAAUUCAAUGUGAACUUUUUAGUUUUUAGUUAAAAGUGCAACUGUUAACCCUCCCCCCUCUCUAAUACUGUGAAUUAUCCUGGUGGUCUUAAUCCAGACCACCUAAACAAGGGAGAGCGUGAAAGGGAAAGGCAGAUGUGACCGAGGAUAGCACUUUGUAAAAAUAGUUGAAGUUCCUUCGCUGAAUGUAAAGUCAGGGUAUUUUUCUAUGAACUUUUUUUUUUAAAAAGGAGAAAACCAUGAGAAUCGAAAAGCUGUGCUCGCUGUGAGAGAUUAACUCGUCACUCACCUUUUCUGAAGUUAAUGGAAGAAAAACAAUCAAUAAUAGAAUUUUGUAAAUUUCA